UAGUGUACUUACGUACUUUCGUUCGUUGAUUCGUGCGUCCUCUUCCGAUUGCGGGUUGAGAUAUUUUAGUGCGUGAGAAUUAAUAUUUUCCAUUCAAUAGUUUAUACCUGUGUGUUUCUUGUUUUGAGUGAUUGAUUUAUAAUGAUAUAGAUGAUUGAGAUGUCAGGAGAUCCGAGCAAUUUGAUUCCAACAACAUACAUUCCAACAACUUCAACUGGGAAUGUGGGUUACAUGGUGAUGUCUUAUCCCGGUCGUCCCCCCAUGGUUCCGGGCAUCCCUAUGCCUCCCGGGAUGGGAAUGCCUUAUAUGCCUAUUGGAGGUCCUCCUCCAAUGAUACCUACUGUAAUGCCGAUGGCCCAUCCUCAUAUGAUGGCAGGGCCACCGAUGACAGCGAUGCCUAUGAGAACGUUCCGGCCGCACAACUCGACGCAGCAGCGUCAGCAGAACCGCCCAAGGCCGGCACUGGUGCCGCAGGUGGUUACUGGACCCACAGUCACAGUUUUUGUGGGUAACAUCACAGACAAAGCCCCGGAUCAGAUGAUCCGGCACAUUCUGGCAGCCUGCGGCACUGUUGUGUCCUGGAAACGCGUUCAAGCUUUUGGGUUUUGUGAGUACGGGAACCCAGAUGCAGGACUCAGAGCAAUUCGUAUUCUUCAUGAAAUGGAAAUUGGUGGAAAGAAGCUUGUUGCUAAAGUGGACGCCAAAACAAAAAGUGUUUUGGAUGAAUAUAAAGCUGAAAAACGGAAAAAGAUCAAGGGAAGGUCUCCUCUCCAAGAUGAGCCAGAAGAACCAGAUGAUUACAUCGAUGAGGAGAUGAAGAAGACGGACCAGGCCGCCCAAGAGAGAAUACUGGCCAUACUGGACGACUACCAGCAGGACAUGAAAAACUAUUCUGCGUCAAGUGAGAAUGAGAGAAGGACCCAACGAAAUAUGACUGACAGACUUGCGUUGUUGACUCAAGCUUCAGAAGCCAGUGUUCGAGAUGCUGACGGGCCGAUUGAUCUAGACGAUGCCAACAUAGAAGAAGGUAAACGAGACUUGAUUACUCGAGAAAUUGGCAAAUUCCGAGAAAUAAUGAAGAAACAGGAGGAGGAGAAGGAAGUGGAACGAAAGAGACGAGAGGAGAAGGAGAGGGAGCGGCGGGAGAACCUCUCUCCGAUGUCCAAUGGGCGGGAAAGGUCACGUGCACGGUCGCAGGACAGUCGCCUGACUCGCAGCUCCAGCCGCAGCAUCACACCAGACCGACGGUCACACCACAAGAGCAGUCGACACCGUACCCGCUCCAGGUCUAGAGACAGAGAUCGUGAACGAGAACGUGAGCGUGAACGUGAGAGAGAACGUGACAGAGACCGUGAGAAAGAUCGGGACCGAGACAGGGACAGAGAUCGUGAGCCUAGAGACAGAGAUGAGAAGAAGUCCGAAAGAGAUCUGCUGAGAGAGAAAGAGGAAGAAGAAGAAGCUAAGGACAGGAGGAAACAAGAAAGAAAGGCGAGGGAAAAGGAGGCUGCUUAUCAGGAGAGACUCAGGACAUGGGAAAGCCGUGAGAGACAUAAAGCGAAAGAAUUAGCAAAAGAAAGAGAAAAGAAGAGGCUCAAAGAAGAGGAAAGAGAGAGGGAGGCAAAACGACUGAAGGAGUUUCUGGAAGACUAUGAUGAUGAAAGAGACGAUAUCAAGUAUUAUAAGGGUAGGGAGCUUCAGAAACGGUUAGAAGAAAGGGAGAAAGAGAUGGAACUAGAUGCUCGGGACAGGCAAAAAGAGAAAGAAGAGCUGGAAGAGUUAAGAAUCAAAAUUUUUACUAAUACAGAGGGUGGAGAUCCAAAUAUUGAAUUUGCUAAGGCUCUACAAGAACGAGAGGAGAUGUACAAGCCGAAGUUGGUGAUCAAUGUAAAUGCUGAACAUGCCAAGCAACGGGAAAAGGAAAGGGAAAAAGAACGAGAGAAGGAACGUGAGAAGGAAAGGGAAAAGGAGAGAGAACGGGAGAGAGAGGCAAGAGAGAGGGAGGAAGCGGAGCUGGAAGAACUGAGGCGGCGAGCGGCAGCACUGGCGGAGGCGCAGCAGGAGGCGGAGAGGGUUCUGAGGGAAAGUGAGCAGGUGGAGGAGGUCAGCCCGGCACGCUCUGAGGCUCCCCCCUCACCUGAGCCCUUACCUGUCCCGGAGCCCAAACCUGUGGUCAAACCAUGGAGUUCUCCUGCUAGUGAAAAAGACAAAGAUAAGGACAAGAAGAAAAAGAAACUAGAUCUGAAAGAAGUUUUUAACAAUGAUGAUGAAGAUGAUGGCAAUGUUGGUGUGAAGAAACGGAAACUUAUUCCUCUUGAUUACGGCGAUGACAAGAAGAAAGCAUCCAAGGAAGAAAAGAAAGAAGAGGGAGGUGGCAGCGGAAGAUCUCAGGAGGAGAAACGAAAGCACAUCAAAACCCUCAUUGACAAGAUUCCCACUGAUAAGAAUGCGUUGUUCGCUUUCCAGUUGGAUUGGGCUGCUGUAGAUAAUCAACUGAUGGAGAGGAGAAUACGGCCGUGGAUCAACAAGAAGAUCAUAGAGUACAUAGGGGAGCCGGAGCCCACACUGGUGGACUUCAUCUGCUCCAAGGUGCUGGCGGGCAGUGCACCUCAGGGUAUCCUGGACGAUGUGCAGAUGGUACUGGACGAAGAGGCGGAAGUGUUUGUUGUAAAAAUGUGGAGAUUGUUGAUUUACGAAAUAGAAGCAAAGAAGCUAGGUUUAGUUAAGUGAUAAUUACUGGACUGUUAACAAAUCUAUAUAAAUUUGUAUAUAUCCUGUAUAUAUUUAAGUAGAUACUAGAUUAUUAAAUUGUAAUUUAUUAAUAUGUUCAAUUUUCUGAACCAUGGAUGAUAUUUAAAGUUUAUGAUUAAGUGUUAUGAUCGUCGACGAUUCUUAAUUUUUUAAAUUAAUUUCAAACUUAUUUGUGUUGUGAAGACAAGACACUGGAAUAUAAUUUAUUGUAUAGUAGACAUAAUGGAUGUACACAGUUUAAAUAUAAAGAUUUUGUACAAUA